AUGACUGAUCUACCCACGAUCCGCUGGGGCAUCGUUGGUGAGUUGAAGCCCUUCUCACCGAAAUCAUCUCUCGAUAACUGACCAAAUCAGCCACUGGCAUGAUAAGCGAAUGGUUCGUAACGGAUAUCCUGAAAGCCUCCUGGCCAGACAAACGUGCAAAUCACACCAUCUCAGCCGUCGGCUCUUCAUCUCUACACAAGUGUCAAGAUUUCACGGCCAAGUUCAUCACGCCUGCAAACCCGGAAAUCCAGCCCAGGCUCUAUGGGUCUUACCAGGAGGUCUACGGGGAUGGAAAUGUCGACUGUGUCUACAUCGGGACACCUCAUAGCUUUCAUAAGCAGAAUUGUCUGGAAGCCAUCGCAGCCGGAAAGAAUGUGCUGUGUGAGAAGCCGUUCGCGAUGAACGCCCAGCAAGCGGAAGAAGUUUUCCAGGCGGCUAAGGCGAAGGGCGUUUUCAUCAUGGAGGCCAUGUGGACGCGAUUCUAUCCUCUCGUGAAGAAAUUGCAAGAUGUGCUGUUUGUGGAGAAGGAGAUUGGCAAGGUCUAUCGCACUUUCUGCGACUUUGGCCUGGAUGUAGAUAUCCCAUCGUUGCCGGAGACGAGUCGUUACAAGGACCCGGCCCUGGGCGCGGGAAGCCUGUUGGACAUUGGAAUCUACAGCCUGACUUGGGGCAUCGUCACUUUGAGCGACAAAGUUGGCGAUGCUGCCGAAGAGGCAGAAGUCCAGAGCACGCAGACGAUCGAACAUGGCGUCGACACAGCGAGCUCGGUGCUGCUCAGAUACCCCAGCACCGGUCGCCAGGCAAUCUGCACCUCAACCACCAACCAUCCAAGGCAUGUCGAGUUCGCACGCAUUGAAGGCAGCAAAGGCUACAUCACCGUCCACUCAACGGAUGCUCCGUCAUCUCCCGAAUGGUUCGUCUUGCACCCCAAAGAUGGGAGUGCGGAAAGGUACGAAUUCGAGAAGCCUGGACGGGGCUUCUUCUGGGAAGCAGAUGCAGUCGCUCAAGAUAUACAUGCUGGCCGGAAGCAGAAUGGCACCAUGCCAUGGGCUGAGACGAUGCGCAUGUUGAGGAUUAUGGAUGGCGUGCGCCGGCGAGGAGGAGCUCGAUUUCCAGUUGAUGACUGGUAA